AGGCUGGCGCUUGCAUUCCCGGCUGGAUUACUGAACAAGUUGGAGAGAGUCUGAAGGUGAGCCGAUCUUUAAUUUUCUCCAAAGUCCAAUCAAAAUUAAAUUUUGGUUCAGACUAAAGAAAGCAGAAUUGCAAAUAUUAAGCCUCUUGUUGCUUGGCCGGUGGAUUUUGAUCAAGUUGAAGAUUUGAAGGAACGUCUCCGGCUGCGGCGGAAUUCAUUUUGUCGCCGUUCGUUUGCGGCCGUAAAAUCGCGCAACCAUGAACAGCGUGGCAAACUGGCUGGUGGACAACAAGGACAAGAUCGAGAAAGGGGUGGACAUCAUUGGGCAGGCCUCCGAGGUCCUGGCCGCCACCGUGGGCCAGUUGCACCCGAUCCUGGAGGCGGUGUUCAUGGCCUCGGCCGAGAUCCUCAGCAACCCGGAGGGCAAGGAGGCCGUCUAUUUGAGCCAGAAGAUCGAACAGGUUAACCAGAAGCUGGUGGGGAUCCAGACCGAGAUCGACCAAAUCGCCCUGGAGUUGCAGCGGGCAUCGAUGAACAAGCAGAACGUUGACCGCGAGGCUCACAUCCUGGGCCAGUACGAGAAGUUCCAGGAGUUCAUCAACACCAAGCCGAGCAUGAAAGAGAAGAAGAAGGACAAGUUCAUCAAGUAUUACGAGAACACCGAGGCCGACCUGAACCUGGAGGCCCUCUACAACGCCGUCACGGGGGAGAACACGGCGGGCGACCCCAUGCUGGACACGGUGGUCACCACGGAGCAGAGGAGCCGGAGGGCGGUGGAGGACUUCUGCGCUCGGCUCAAGAAGCUCUUUGUGGUCGGCCUCAUCGCCGUCAUGGGCUACGCCGCCCUCAAAGAAGGGGCCAACUGGUUUGAACUGACGACCGACAACAAGAUCAGGGUGGUGGUGUCGUUCUGCGUGGACCCGCAGCCCAUCGACAAGACUCGGAUCUACGAGCAGAUCGAGCAGCAGAGGCUGAAGGGCAACAUGAUGGCGGUGGCCCUGACGCUCAACCGCUGCUUCCCCGACUGCCUGGUGCACGCCGUCAGCCACUACAAGGAGGUGGUGGAGUCCAACAACUUCAGCGUGGAGUCCUACUACUACGGCAAGCACAAGCGGGCCUUCCUGUGCAUCCAUCCGCAGUAGGGCCGGCCGUAACGCACCGUCAUCAAAGAAUGUUCAAUGGACUGGACUCAGUCAAUUCACUUUUGUUGAUUUUAUGUGGUUCUUAUUUCAUCUCAGACAAUUUAGAGCCAGAAGUUUGAAUUAAAGGGGACAUGUGGUAAAUACAAUAAAAAAAUUGCACAUUUUAUUUGCUUGCAUGCUAUAAAUAUAUCUAUAGUUUGAAACCAGGAAAGUCACAGGGGUCCGAAUCCCAAAAAUGGAGUAGCGGACUUGGGCACCCCCGAUGUAACGUUUCACAAUAUCACGGGAUUGUCAUGACGGCCCCAAAAUGUCUUAUUUUGAAAUGGUUGAGUAAAUAUAAUUUUUCCAUUGACCGGUAGGUGGAUUAGUCAACAUAAAAAGAGCAUCAACGACUGAAUCGUUAGAACAUCAAAAUGUAUUACAACAAAUAAAAGAUCAGAAAAUCAGUAGCUACUUCUCUUGUGUGCUUUGUGAUGUGACGUCAGAGGUGGGGUGCGCUUCUGUUUGCCAUGCUAAUUGGCUGCUUCAGUCAUGAGCCUGUGAAGUCACCAAUCGAUGUCAUGCUAAAUUUUGUCGCUGGUUGCAAACGUUCAUUUCCAAACAUUGUUUUGUUAACUGUACUGUGAAAUUGUCAAAGAGUGACGUGUGGUGCUCUUGUAUCUAAAUUUGAUAUCGUAUUGAUAGUUUUACCCCCGUUUUGGUUAGCCGUUCUUCGUGAGCACACUUUGCAUAUCCUUCCUCGCCCAAGCUGAACAACAUCCAUCAUGAUAUCUCUCCUUUUAAACGUUUCCAAAUAAAGUGUACGUCAGACGAGUCUGUAAUUUCAUCAAACAACAAAAAGCGAUCGUACAAAAGUUAAGCAUGUUUUAGCUUGAUGGAAAUAGCCGCGCGGCAGCUAGCCAGACCUCCUGUUUACAUAAACAUUCACGUCACAGCAUUCCUAGACGAUAGAAGACACCAAAGAGAAUAUCCCUCAGAUUUUGUUGUCAUACCCCAGGACCCCAUUUGAUUUCCAAGAUCGAUCUAACAUGCUUGAAUCACUGUGAUGUUUGUUUUCUUGUCAGUGUUCUAAACGUUGCCCUUUGUUUAGUUUUUCUCAAACUUGUUUUCCUUUUCAGGUAUAUGUUUCUCGAUGGACAAAAAACAUUUUUUUUCUUUUCUGAAGAAUGUAAUGUACAGAACCACUGCCUGUGCAAAAAAAAAAAAAAUCUACAUAAAUACAUGUUCCAUUAAAAAUAUGCUGAUUUUUCAAAACACCAAACUAAUUUGUCAUUUGAUUUUCAAGAAAAAUGCACUGGAAGUGUGUGGAAGCAACCUGGAAUAUUGCAAAUGAGAGAUGU